UCGGGGUAAAAAAGGAUCGUCAUGUAUAUAACAGUUUACUGGUGAACUGUACAGGAAAUGAUCAACAAUUAGUUGUCUGUUAAAUAACAUACAGUUUCGUAGAGGGCGAAGGUAAAGAGGACAUGGAAGGUAAAGAGGACAUGGAAGAUAAAGAGGACAUGGAAGGUAAAGAGGAUAAAGAGGACAUGGAAGGUAAAGAGGACAUGGAAGAUAAAGAGGGUAAAGAGGGUAAUGAGGACAUGGAAGAUAAAGAGGGUAAAGAGGACAUGGAAGAUAAAGAGGACGUGGAAGGUAAAGAGGAUAAAGAGGACAUGGAAGGUAAAGAGGACAUGGAAGGUAAAGAGGACAUGGAAGGUAAAGAGGACAUGGAAGAUAAAGAGGACAUGGAAGGUAAAGAGGAUAAAGAGGACAGGGAAGAUAAAGAGGACAUGAAAGGUAAAGAUAACAUGGAAGGUAAAGAGGACAUGGAAGAUAAAGAGGACAUGGAAGAGACCAACAUUGAUCGUUUGUUCCCGUUGCAACACUUUAGAUAUAUUUUGUUCCCUGUCUUUCCUGUCUAUUUUCUUUUCCAAUACUCGGUUCUCUCUCAGGCGGUGUCGUCCUAGGCACCCGUCCUCCUGGCUGUUGUAAGAACGUUAAAUCCCAAACACUCCAAAGAUACAAACAAUCAAGCAACACCGAUGGUAACAUCACAAUGAAACAAUUGAAUGACGUCAUGUUUGAUUAACAAUGACGUCAUAUUAUAGUUUGUCGGCAUGCGUAAUAUACCUACAGCGAUAGAGCAGGAUUAAGGCCAAGCUAUGCGAAGUUCCACAUAUUACGCUGUACUCUGUGUUAUUAUUACUCCUGUAGCGAGGACUAUACUCUAAACGAUUAUUCAUAACAAGAAUGGAGGUUGGAGAUAUUUUCGCGGCUUUUUUUCGCUAUGGUACCUGACGUCAUUGGUCAUUAGUCGAAGUCAUUUUCUUCUGCCACCGCUAUUUGGUAAGAUUUCUAAAGCACAUCGACAAUUUACACGGGACAAUCCUGAACAUAAUGUUGCAGGAAAUAUAAUACACAUAGGGAACACGUCUAGGUAUGUAAUAAACCAUAAUCGUACACCCCAUUUCACGUGACGUGACGUAACAAUGACUCGACAAUGACGUGACAUCACGAAUUUGGAACUCUCCGAUGCCGCAAUGAGGAAAAGGCAACGUGAUGAAAUUAUUCUGGUAGUCGGAAUGAGAGAAGAAAAAAACUUUCAUGCCCAAAAGUGUAGGAUAGGGAAAGACUUCAACCUCCUUUUCAUAUGUAUUUGGUUGUGACAUCUGAACCAAAUGGAUCUAGUACUGUUACUACAUGUACAUUACAUAUAUUUUAUCUUGUUCCUAGGAAUUACUCCUGGUAAAAAGAUACUUAACCUCCUGUGAUGAAUAGUUUCUCGUAUUUAAUACAACACUCGUGAAAACAUAAAAGAAUUCAUAUAUCAAACUGGAUUUUCAGAAAUGUAUUCGUCAAUAAAAGUAUAUCGUUAUGUGAAACCUCGGUCAUAGCUCCUACUCACAGCAAUGGUCAAUAUCACCUCCUACUCACAGCAAUGUUUAAUAUCACCUCCUACUCACAGAAAUGGUUUAUAUCACCUCCUACUCAUAACAAUGGUCAAUAUCACCUCCUUCUCACAGCAAUGGUCAAUAUCCCCUCCUACUCACAGC